AAGUCAUAGUAUCAUUACAUUGGAAAAGACCUUAGAGAUCAUCAACUCCAACUGUACCUGUCCAAUACCAAACCAUACACUCAUAGAAUAGUUUGGGUUGGAAGGGACCUUAAAGAUCAUCUAGUUCCAACCCCCCUGCCACGGGCAGGGACACGUCCCACUAGAUCAGGCUGCCCAACACCCCCUCCAACUUGGCCUUGAACACCUCCAGGGAUGGGGCAUCCACAACUUCUCUGUGCCAGUGCCUCACCACUGUAGUGAAGAAAUUCUUGCCCCUAGUCCUAUCAUGUCCCCAGGCACUUCAUCUACCCACUGUUUAAACACCUCCAGGGAUAGUGACCCAACCACCUCCCUGGGCAACUGUUCCCAUGCCCAAUAACCCUUUCUGGGAAGAAAUUUUUCCAAGUGUCCAAUCUAAACUUCCCCUGAUGCAUCCUGAGGCCAAUUCCCUCUUGUCCUAUCACCUAUCCCUUAGGAGAAGAGACCAACACCCAUCUCUCUGCAACCUCCUUUUACGUAGUUGUAGAGAGCAAUAAGGUCUCCUCUCAACCUCCUCUUCUCCAGGCUAAACAACCCCAGUUCCCUCCGCUGCUCCUCAUAAGAUUAGUUCUCCAGCCCCUUCACCAGUUUCGUCGCUCUUCUCGGGAUGUGCUCCAGCACCUCAAUAUCUUUCUUAUGGUAAUGGGCCAGAUUGGACAGUGAGAAAAGUUUCUUCUCCAAAAGAGUUAUCAGCACUGCAACAGCUGCCCAGCACAGGGGCCGAGUCCCCAUCUCCGGAGGUGUUUGAAGGAUUGGUGGAUGAGGUGCUCAAGGAUGUGGUUUAGUUGUGGACAGACAAUGAGUGGAAAUGAGGACGACUGGCUGGCUCUCAAACCCCAGGAACCUUCUCCAUCCCAAUGCUGCGGCAGUGGCUGCAAACCCUGCAUCUAUGAUGUGUACGAGAAGGAGCUUGCACAAUGGGAAAGGGCCAGAGCAAAGCAAGACAAAAGCCUCCUCACGGAAAAGAAGGAGCAGAGCAAUAAUUCAGAACUGAAUCCAGAUACAUUUACUCCAUUCAGCAUAAGCUCAGUGGAGCAGCUAACAGAGGACACCUACCAGUACAAAUUUGAAUUACCGGGAAAUGGCAGUCUGCGAUUGAGUUUAGGACAACAUAUCGUGUUAAGAGGAAUGGUGAGUGGUUUGGAGGUCCAGCGAGCCUAUACUCCGAUUAGUCCAGGGAAUGCAGAAGGCUACUUUGAAGUUUUAAUCAAAUGCUAUGAAGCUGGGCUAAUGUCACAAUACAUAAAAACUUGGAAAAAAGGAGACAAAGUCUUUUGGCGUGGGCCGUUCAGAGGGUUCCCGUAUCGACCUAAUAAGCAUGGAGAACUCCUCAUGCUGGCAUCUGGUACCGGCCUUGCACCAAUGCUUCCCAUCCUCCAGUCCAUAACAGACAAUGAGGAGGAUGAAACUUUUGUAACUCUUGUUGGCUGCUUCUGUACCUUUGACAAGAUUUAUUUGAAACCUCUUCUCCAGGAUCUGGCUCGAUACUGGAACAUCAGAAUAUUUUAUGUCCUGAGCCAGGAAACUUCACUGGAAAAACUUCCAUGGAGCUAUCAGGAAAACACAUACAUUGGUCGUCUCAAUGAAGACUUGACAAAGACAAUAAUAAAUUCCUGUCGCAGAAGGCCAUUUGUAUUAAUCUGUGGCUCCUCUGCAUUCAGUGAAGACAUGAGUAGAUACUUAAAAGCUGCAGGAAUCGAUGAAAAUUCCUAUUUUGUCUUUUAGUAGAAUAUUCCUGACGUGAGGAACUUUAGGCCGAGCCUUGGGCAUCCUUGUUUCUCUGCAAAUAUUGCACAAAAUCAAUCAUCUCAAUAGACAAAGUUACUUGUGCACAUACUUUUCAUAGUCCCUUGGAUCAAAUACAUGUCUCCAGUAUGAUUCUUGCUUUUGAGAGUGUUUUAAGGAUCAGGUGCCAUUCCAGAGUGUCUGCUAUGAUCACCAACGCCUCAGGGAACAGCAUGUUAAUGUUAACGGGAGUCUUCACAUGCAAUUUUGAGAGAUCUCCUAAGGGUGCUGAAAAUCAUCCAAGUGCACAGCUCUGCUGUGAUAUGAAGACAAGUGACUUGCUUUGCAAGUGAGUCUGCAGUGGUAUUGUGCCUUGUUAAAUGUCCAGAGGAGAAAUUUAAUCUUCAGGGAGAAGACCCCUGUUCACUAGCAGGGCAGUGGCCUGGCACGCUGGGGUCCAUGCAGUUCAUUUCGGUUGUGUCAUUUUGCUGGGUGAUGCUAGGCAAGUCACUUCAACCGCUCUGAGCCUCAAUUACCCUGUUAUACACUAACAUAGAGGAGAAAGUACCAAUCUCCUCUGAAAAGAGCCUUUCCAAACACGUAUGGGAAAGGCUAUACAUGGGGAUGGAAUUGUACAUGAUGGACUUAGGCAGACUGUCCUCCUGCCCUAGCACAGCCUGCAUUGCCUACCCUGAUCCUUAACCCUUGUAAUGCUGCCUGGAGAGAGAAAGCAUGUCCUAAAUCUCAUUGUGAGAAAGCAUUUGGGUUGUAGCUGCUUUCUGUCAGGGAGGAUGGUGGUUUGCUUUCCAUGUCCCCUAAAUGUUGUGUAAUAGCCCCGGUUCAUGAAAUUGAGCCUCUUUUCAAAUAAACAGCUCUUUCUUGUCAUCACAGGACUCACACAGGUGUCCAAGGGGUGACCUGAGACUACACGAACAACACCUGAGGAGUGGAAGCUGUGGGACAGGGUCAGAUUGAAGGGCGUGCUCUGGGGGAUGGCAGCCCUGUGGCUGCCCUGGCACAGCAUCCAGCCUGGGCACCUUGGCCCCUUCCUCCUUUUCCAGUCCAAGAUGCUGCUGCCUUUCCACUGUCCACUCUCUUACUUUCCUGGACCGCUGUGUUUACUAACUACAUCUGGAAAUACAGCCUUUCUGCACACCUUUGUGUUCCUCUGUCAUU